CCGGCGGCGGCACUUCCGGCGCGGCCCGCGCGCGCCUCCCCCUCCCCGCCCGCCAGCCGCCGCCAAGAUGGCGGCGCCCGUAUCGCUGCAGGUGGAGUUCGGAGGUGGUGCAGAACUCUUGUUCGAUGGUGUCAAAAAGCAUCAGGUGACUUUGCCCUGUCAACCAGAGCCUUGGGAUAUCAGAAACCUGCUAAAGUGGAUCAAACAGAAUCUGCUGAAAGAGCGACCAGAAUUGUUUAUGCAAGGAGAGUCAGUGAGGCCGGGAAUUCUGGUGCUCAUCAACGACGCAGACUGGGAACUAAUGGGUGAGUUGGAUUAUAAACUCCAGGACCAGGAUAAUGUGCUUUUCAUCUCAACAUUGCAUGGUGGGUGAACUCCUGGAAAAACAAGAGGAUGGAAAUCCAAAUCCCUGGGGAAAAAGCAAAACAAAGAACCUAAACCCACCCAAACCUCUCCUGAACUGCCUGUGCCAACUCUGCAUCUUCCCACCGUGGUCACUUGUUCCUAGACAUCCCAAUAAAGCCCCACCAGCACACUGCCUGCUGCCAACCCAA